GAGAAGAGAGCGACACACCUUAAAAAAUAAUAGUUGGGGGGGAGAGUCGAAGUUCUAGACAACAAAUACUUUGGCAUUUGGUGUGGUCUCUACAGUGCAAAAGAAUGGUGAUGGAACAGUUCUUUGUGGCUGUGCUAAUGAUGUCUGCACACCUAGCAGUCUCAUAUCCUCUGAUUACAGAGCGCUAUUACAUGGAUGGAGGGAGACAAUGCAGACUGUGUCCACCAGGUCAUUAUCAGAAGUCCUGUUCAGAGUGCUCUCCCUGUCGAGAUGGUUCCUACACAACACGAUUGAACGCAGAGUCCAGUUGUCAUUCCUGCUUCAAAGACUGCAAACGUGAUUUGCAUCUGGUGGAGGAUGAGCCGUGUACUAAUGUAUCGAACGCUAGAUGUCGCUGUGAGGCUGGUUUUACCUGCACCGACAAAGACGACCAGACAGGAAACUGUAGAGACUGUGAGAAGAUCCCUCAGCUGCCCACACCUCCCCUGCCACCUAGCGAUGUAGUGGGCAUCAGAAACAACCAGACAGGAACUUCCUCUGAACACAGCAGGACUUCCGCUGGACGCUGUCAACCUCCCAACUGUGACACUCCACGACCACCAGUCUCACAAGCAGGCAACGCCACUCAUCACACCACAGCUGACACCAGCAAACACUUGGCAGCCAUUUUGUGUCCUAUGGUGGUCAUUGGAAUCCUAGCCGUUAUCAUUCUGUUAUGUAUCCGUCGCCCAGGAGAUGAAGCCUGUUUCAAACAAGCUCUCAAGUUCUGUAACAAGGGAGUAAGAGAAGCGUCGCCUAACAAGACCAAAGAGCCAACUCAUCAACACUGUGCCAGAGAGACACAGCCCAGUAUUAAGCACCAGACAGUGGAUCCACCACCUAUUACAGCAGCAAAUAUGGGCCCAGUCCAUGUCCACAAUGCUGGAACAGUCAUCUUCAGUUUACUCAACCAGUUCACUGGUAUGGGUGGAGGGACGGAAGAGAGAGGGCAGAAAGAGAGGGAUGAGGAAGGAGAAGGACGUCCGGCCCACCCCACACCCUCCCCUAACAUCCAUCUAUCCCAGGAGGAAAGGGAUGAGGAGAUGGACUGUGUAUUCUUCCCUUCACAGGAACAAGGGAAGGACAGUCACGUUUCCAAAGAGGAGGUGCAAUGAGGGGAGGGGGAUUAAGGACAGAGGACGCACCAAGUGAAAGCUUCCCUUCUAGGAUCAGUUUAGCCAACCCUACAUCCUAAUCAUAAGGAGGAUUAAGACUGACCCUGGAUCAGUGGUAAGGGACAACAUCUACCUGGGGCUCUAUUCAGUCUGUAUCACUAGGGAAACAUAGAGGUCAUUUCUGAUUGAGCCGACAUAUGCAGCGUUUAAUGUGAAAGCAGUCACCGCUGACACAGGAACAUUGCCUUUACAUUCCUUUCAGGCUGUAAAGCUGAACUUCCGCAAUACAGAUUGAAUAGAGCCCUUUUUUUAUUUAACU